AGCCUAAAGGAACAAACGGCUCCAAACGAAUCCGUUGGAAAUCUGGCUCCGAAACAGAGCCUGAACCGUCUACGCUCUAAACCACCACUGCUCGCCCGUACCCUCCGUGACACGUCAACAGAUGACCACGCGAUUUCGCCACCCUUUGUUCUUCCUUUCAUUUAUUUAUUUAUUUAUUUUUAUAAUUUUCUCUUUCUUCAUUUUCUCCUCUCUCUCCCAUUCGUUUUCAUCUCUCUCUCAAUCACCACCUCCUCUCUCUAUUCCCCGUGAGUGUUAAUUCUUGUCAGGGAAUUCAAGGGUUUGCUUGGUUAGAAAAUUUCAACUCUGUCGGUUUGGGUUUGGGUUUGGAUUCGAAGGGAAAAGCUUGUGGAUUCGGCUGUUUGUGUCAUCGGCGUUGGAAUCCAGAUGCCUAUGCCUGCAACGGUGUCGUAUUGGUGCUACAGAUGUACCCGCUUCGUCAGAGUUUCCAACCAAUUAUCGUCCCUCGUGUGCUCCGAUUGCCAUAGCGGGUUCGUGGAAGCCAUCGAUAGCACGCAACGGACCGCCCACGUGGACACGCGGCGCAGGAGGCUCCCUGCGGCCGCGAUGUUAAUGAUUGACCACCGCUCUGGCAAUCCUAACGAGAACUUGGGCCACACGCUUCCUAGGAUCCGGGAGACCGGCGAGGAAGUCUCCCCCUUCAACCCUGUUAUCGUGCUUCGUGGACCUUCGGAGGGCAUCCGCGUCGGCGGUGGAGAGAGUCGUGGCUUUGGGCUUUAUUAUGAUGAUCGCGGUGGGUCCGGGCUGAGACCAUUGCCUCCGAGCAUGUCAGAGUUUCUAUUUGGCUCCGGGUUCGAUCGCCUCCUCGACCAGCUCUCUCGGAUUGGACUAAAUGGCUCCGCACGCCUUGAGCACUCCCCGGCUUCGAAAUCUGCCAUCGAGUCAAUGCCCACCAUCGAAAUAGGAGACAUUCACCUGUCCGUGGAGCCACACUGCGCCGUGUGUAAAGAACAAUUCGAAUUGGGAUCUGAGGCCCGUGAAAUGCCCUGCAAGCACAUAUACCAUUCGGACUGCAUUCUCCCGUGGCUUUUGAUUCGAAAUUCAUGCCCAGUCUGCCGCCAACAGCUGCCUCCAGAUACUGAGAACACGGUGGCGGAGUCUGACCGCAGCGAGAAUAGGCAGACUCUGGCUUCGAACUCGGACGAGAAUUUCGGGCUGACGAUAUGGCGGCUUCCUGGUGGUGGGUUUGCAGUGGGUAGGUUUUCUGGAGGUAGACCUAGAGGCGGUGAGCGGGAGCUUCCGGAGGUGCACACGCAGGGCUAUGGAGGGUUGAACAACGGUGGUGCACCGGGGAGGAGGAUUUCGUGGACGGCGGGGGCCAGUAGAGGGAGGGAGAGUGGAGGAUUUGGCCGGAUGAUUCGCAAUCUGAUCGCGUGCUUCCGGGGAAUCGAUUCUUCGGGCUCAGGUUCCAGAUCCAGUUCUAAUUCGGUAACUCGAGCAGCCAGGAGAUCAAGAUCAGCGUCUUCGCGUUAUAAUUCGAUGAUGGCAGUGCGGAGGCGCAGGACUUGGUCCAUGGAUGUUAAUGGUGGGAUGAGGGAGUGGUGAAAUUAGUUGCGAGAAGGAUAAAGGUCUGAACUUUGACUUUACUGUAAUCAGCGAUAGAUCAUAGAGGGAUAAUGGGGGCCGGAUCAGGGAACUUGUGGGUUAUAAUACAUGUGAAACGGGAAAUGGCGCAGUUUUUCUUGGUUUUUUACUCGAUGGUAAAGUGUGCAGUUAAUAAUAGACUACUCUUAUAAGCAUAAAACAACAAGGAAGAGGAGCAGCAGCAGGAUGAGGAACUGUGAAACUGUGCUGAGGUACAUGACCCAUAAUACCUUUGCAAAUUGUAAGUCUGUGAACGAGGGAGAGCGGAAGAAAUGAAACUGUGCUGGGAAGAACUUACUUUUGUGUGUAUCAUAAUUGCCUCUGCAAAUUGUACUUGAAUUAGAAAUACCUACCUUCAACUGUAUCUAUAUCUGUUUGUUCCAUGAAUUUUAGGUUGUUAGCUUGGAUAUGUCAUCUUCUGUGUUUCUGUCA